UCUACUACGAUUAAAGCUCAUCGGACAUAAAAACAGCAGCAGGGGAUCUUUUCACGUCACUCGACAACAAUAACGAUGGGAAAGUGAGUCUCCAUGAAUUUCUAGGGUUUAUGUGGGCACAAAGGCCACGUAAAAAUGGGCAGUAGCCAAUUUUUCAAAGAACUCGACAACAACAACAAUGGAACCCUAGAAUUCAUGGAAGUUAUGGCUCUUUUCUACAUAAUCAAAAGCGGGAGGCCCUUUUGUGGCGGGUGUGGUGAGUUCAUCCCAGACAUGUAUUUCACUUGCUCCGUAUGCUUUGACAGCGGCAACGACUUGUUUUGCAUAUGUUCAAACUGUUUCCAACGCAACGACUUUAGCCAUCACCAUUCCCAGUUCUUGGAUAACUAUGCCUUGUUGGAAGCCAAGAGAAUGCAAGGGAUUGCUACUUGUUCGAACCAGCCCGAGCCAAGCUCAUCUGUUACCAUUACUGAAGAACCAACAUCCACAACAAAUGCUGUUGUUCUUUAUGAGCGACCCAAACCGCAAUGGAGGCAUCUUGCGCCCAGAGUGGUUGAGGUAUCGUUGAACGCGCUUGACUUUGCAUUGAACGCAGCCAAGAUCUACUGUACCAGCAACGUCUGUACUAUUAUGUGACAAGAAGUGCCGGCCUGCCGGGUGUUCGAGUAUAUGGUAAACUUGAUUGGAGGCAUAGAUGUGUUCGGAGUCAUUCGACAUACAUGCACGAAUCUAAGGACGGUAUCGUAGAACUCACGUGUACUAUCAGUCGACUUUGGAUUCUUCGCUAUCCAAUUAGUAUUUGUUUCCGAGGCAUUAUUUUUAUUUGAGACAUCGACUCCACGGCCGCAGCCAUUCACUCAGUGCCGAAGUUUAUUGCCUUUGAACCUCGAUAAUUUGAGCUUUUAAGACUCUUCGGAUUUUGCCAUAUUGUUUUGGUUAUAAAUGACCUGUAGUACUAUUGUAUCACUUUCUUGAUAGAUAAUCGAAUUUCCUUACAGCUAUUUAUUUCUUGCCA